AUGGAUAUUGCUGUUUGCUAAAAUCCCAAUCACGAUAAUUAACGUCUUAAAUAUAUAUGUGUAGAUCCAAACUGUUAAGUUUAGAAAAAAAUAGGUAUUAAUUCUUAUACUAUAAUUUAGGUUGUGCUGAUUGUUUUCUUGAUGAUCAUAUUACUCAUAUUAGAAAAACAACUACUCAAUUUAAAGAGUAAGUAAGCUAAUCUAUUGAAACAAUUUCUUAAAUUGAAUUCGAAAAAAUGUAUUGCUCUCCGUAAAAGGAUUUGGAUAGUAGAAUCGAUUUUGAAUUAGAAAAUUGCAUUGAUUGUAUUAAAUCCAAAUUUUCAUCUAUUAAAAGUGAUUUAAAAUCAUAAAUUGAUAGUGANAUAAAGAUGUUUGGAAAUUUUAAAAAUUUAUUUGUAUUGAAAUAGAAAAAAUUAUUGAUUAAUAUGUGACCUUACCUAGUUGUGAUACACUUUCUCUUUAUGAAAUAUAUCAAGAAAGUACAAAACAUUAUGAAGUAUUGUUAAAGUUUCAUUAAUUUGCAUCAACAACUACAGAUAUACCUAGAGAAUGCCAUUUUAAUAAUGUUAAUUUAUAAGAAUUUUUGGGUUUUGUUUCUAAAUUAAAAUUAUUAAAUUUACCUAACUUUAAAAAGAAAAUUAAAGUUCCUAAUAAAGGAGAUCCAGGAAUGGGUAUUCCAACUCGAAAUCCUAAAGUAAAUAUAUAAUUUUAUAUAUAGGUCAGACAUUUAAAACAUUAAAGCAAUUAAUUUCUAGUAAAUGAUUCUGAUAGUAGUGAUUCUGAAGAUGUAGCAGAUAUAAAUCCUUAAAUAAAUUAAAAAAUUAAAAAUAAAAAUGGCCAUUUAAGAGGUGAAAGUACUUUCCAAUAAAAAUAUAAAUGA